AACUGCAGUGCACAGAAAGAGCUUUCCAGACUCAGUGAGCAAAGAGAUGAAAAUAUCUCUAGAAGGCAACCCGAUCUUCUGCGACUGCCAGAUAUUAUGGCUUCUGGUGAGUACGGUUCACACGACAAAAAGCAAUGAAUCAGUCUGCAACGGUCCUGCGUGGUUACAAGGACGCUCUCUGUACAACUUGACUACGGAUGAAGUUACCACGUGGUAUGCAGACUGCGACGAACGGUGCACCUGUGAGUGCCACUCAGAUGACUACGGCAGAGAAAUUCACGUGAACUGUUCCAAUAGAAGAUUACACGAUAUACCGCAGUCGUUCCCCGCAGACACCACGAAGAUAUAUCUUGGAGGGAAUCAACUUGAAUACUUGAGCGAUACUCUCGUGAAGAAGACCCCCAAACUUCGUUUUCUGGACCUUAACACAAACCUAUUUUCGAACAUCAAGCCUUCUGAGAUACCUAACCAUGUUCAAGUGCUCAAUAUAAAAGGAAACAAGCUCAGCAGUUUUCCAUUGGACCUUGUUUCUAGUUUCAACCUGUCUAGUAUUCAGCUGACUGAUAAUCCCUGGAGAUGCGAUUGUGAAGAUUACCCCUUCAGUCAAUGGGCAGCAGCUUUCGAUGGGACGAUUGAAGACGCUGAACAUGUCGUCUGCACGCAAAGCGCAAAUGCCUUGGUUUCUGGAAAGCCGUUCCUUCAGCUGACGCAGAAAGACUUGUGUCCUAGUGCACUCAUGCAAGUCCUGGCGUUGGGAGUGCCUUUUUUUGUGCUCCUGUUCAUGGCUCUGGCAACAUCAAUCCUCUACCUGAAGUACAAGCGAGAGGUCAAGAUUUGGCUGUACGCCCGAGGGGUAUGCGGUUUUCUGCAGUGCAUUAAGGAAGACGACCUGGACGAGGACAAGCUCUUCGACGUCUUCCUCUCGUUCAGCAGCAAAGACGCUGCUUGGGCCUACGAACACCUCAUCCCCAGAGUGGAGGCCAAUGGCUUUUCUGUCUGCACUUAUGACCGCAACUUCAAGGGUGGCUUCCUGAUCCAGGACAUCAUCCAAGAGGCUGUGUCCUCCUCCAGACGCACCCUCCUUUUGUUGACAAAGAACUUCGUGGACAGCGAAUGGUGUCGUUGGGAGUUUAGGGUGGCACAUCACCGUGCUCUCGAAGACAGGAUCAACCGGCUCAUCAUUGUAGUCGUGGAUGAGGUGACUCCAGAAGCAUUGGAUGAAGAGCUGCACCUCUACAUGCAGGCCACCAGCUACCUGCGCUGGGGCGAGCACAAAUUCUGGGACAAGCUCAUCUACUCACUGCCCAAGAAGGAUGCCAGACAGCGGCUCAUUCUUAGCGCUCUUGACACCCAACAGACUUUUGUGUCCGAAGAGCAACUUGAACACCCACUAACUUCACAAAUGGAGUUGUCGACAGAAGUAUAAGCAACUUUCGAGUACCGACCAGAUGUGAUGUGCAUCACGUCCGAAAGUGAAUUCACAUGCUCAUGAGCUGCUUAGAUGCAGCUUUUAGCAGGAGGGGAUGAACUGCUAUGCUCUCAGCCAUGCGGUUGUACAACAGCCAAGAGACCUGUUCACUUUCUAGACCAUACGAUGGAUAAGAUUCCUCAAAUGCAAACAAGGUUUACCCUGCAUUGGUAUAAACAAAUGUGAUGCCCACAGAAGGCAACUGUUCAAAAGAGCAUGACAGUGCUCGUGCACUACGAACCCCAUCUCUGCUUGCCCACAAAAUUAUGAUAGCAAUAGAAAACACAUCUCACCUGAAGCUGGGAAAUUAAAUAAACCGUCUAGUCUUGUACACACUUCGACAAGUGUAGUGCCCCAGCGACUUUUCCUCCCCCCUGGCCACCUGCCACAAAAGAACUGUCCGAGCCCAAGCCUUCAAGCCCAAAACUUGUGUAUAAACAGUCACUGACAGUUGCUGUUUAUCACAUUUGUGACCGUUCCACCAACAAAAAAGGCAUAACUGCCUCAAGUAUGCUCUAAAAAACAAAGUUUCUCGGGAGCACAUGGCCAACCAAAUGCCCGUCUAUUAUAUUUUGUUUCACCUAAAGGCCAAACGCAGUCAACACUACGAGCUGAUGGGACCAAUCGGACAGUGUCAUAAGUGCACCAUCGUGGUAUUCAAUAUGUUUCUGUAUGUGUUCUAUCAUUGCUGAACCUAUCAUAAACAGAAAAGGCAUACCGUAAAGUACUGAUCACACGCCAACUUAAAAUUUGGAGAUAAUCGCAAGGAAGUGGGGGAUCGGCGCUAGUUAGGUCACAAAUUUGAUUGAUAUUUGUACUGCGCAUAUUUUUUCAGAUGCUACAACAUUUAAGGAUGGGUGCUUGAGUGGAAUGGGCGGAUGCUCGGUAUUUUACGGUAGUUACUUGCAUUUUUGACGCCACUCGAUUGGUCCCAUCAUCUCGUAGCGUCGGCUGCAUCUGGGCUUAAGCUGAACAGCAAGCUGAAUGCCCGAACUUUAACUAUCAUGUUUCAAACAUUAUUAACGAUUCCUUGCACAUCCUGGGCAUAACUGCACGCAUUACCCCGUGACUUCCGGAAUUACACCUGUAUACUGAACCUUUUUCGGGCUUUGGUUCUAUCACGGUUGGACUUUUGUUCUAUGGUAUGGAAUUCUUUGGGUGUCGGUUAGGCACUCAGGUUGGAGAGCUUACAGAGAAGACUUGUGAGAAUUGUAUAUGAUCGCCACAUUGGACAGUGUUUAUGAUUAUGCGCUUCUUUUCGCCACUCUUGGUCUUUCGCCUCUUCCAAAUAGGCGACUAGUUCGCGACAUGGUGUUUUUACAUAGGUUAUUCAAUUCUGUAUUUGAUUCCCCAAUGUCAUUGAGUAGAAUCUCAAUUCAUGUCCCCAAGCGACAAAAUAGUACUCCUUUUUUUUUUAUCCCUUUAAUCUAGAGUCCAGUCCUCUGCUGACAUGGAUGAUGCUCAUGUACAACAAGUUUUUUAAGACACACAUGGACUUUUUUAUACCUUUUAAAAAGCCAAAAGAAUAGGAUAGUGGUCAGGAUUGCGAUGUA